CUAUAUUAUUCUUGUUAAUACGACUGAGGAUGUGUGUAUGUUGAAGAGAACUCUCCUUGAAAGUACUGAAACACCAUUUUGAUCUCUUUGACCUCAAUUUAUCUAAUACGCCCAGUCCGAGGGGUUGAGAGUGGACAAUUAGCAUUCAUUUUGCGUUGAGAGCGCCGACCACGGUGGGCAAAAACGCAUGGUGGUUGGGCUUUGAAAAGCACCUUCGUCGCCGACAUUUCUUGCACCAACAUCUCCUCUCUCUCUCUCUCUCUCUUUCUCCCUUUCAAGCUGGGUAACAAACACCCACUGCCACCUCUGUCUCGCCGCAACCAUGUUCUUCCUCUUCCGCUGGACCCUCUACUUCCUCGGCGGCUACAUAACGACAAUGUUGACCCUCUUCGGCCUCUACACGUACCUCCCCAACCCUCCGCAGAUAUUGGGGUUCAUUGCACGAUCGCUGUCCGCCUACCUCACGUUGAUCGUCUGCGCGAGCUAUGGAACAAUCGCUUCGGGGAUAUUGAAGCUGAUGGGCUUGCACUAUGCCUACGGGCAGUGGACCACGGCCAAGGCGUUCAAGAAUCUGGGCGUAUACACCAUGGGCAUAAAGUUCGACAUCCUGGACAACGGUGAGGAGAUUUUGAAUAGCAAUCGACCGGCCGUCUUCAUCACGAACCACCAGACCGAACUCGACGUGCUUCUUUUGGGUUGGAUCUGGCCGCAACACUGCUCCGUGACGGCGAAAAAGUCCCUGCGCAAGGUGCCCUUCCUCGGCUGGUUCAUGACAUUGUCGGGCACCAUCUUCAUCGACCGGGUCGACCGAAGUCAGGCGAUGAAGGCUUUCGAAGGUGCCGCGACGGCCAUGAAGGAGAAGAGACAGAGCGUUCUAAUCUUCCCCGAGGGGACGAGGAGUUACUCGGCGGAACCCAUGUUGCUACCUUUCAAAAAGGGCGCCUUCCACCUGGCAGUUCAAGCUGGUGUGCCUAUCGUGCCCAUCGUGGCGGAGAAUUACAGCCACGUGUUGAACCACAAGGCCAAACGAUUCAACAGUGGAACGAUACGAGUCAAAGUGCUUGACCCUGUUGACACUAAAGGACUCACGUCUGCCGACGUCGACAAUCUAACACGGGACACUCGAGAGAAGAUGUUGAAUACCAUCAUAUCUCUUGGCCAGGACAAGGUUGAGUCGAAAAAGACUUCCUGAUGGUCACCUGAGCGCAUCAGCCUUCCCAAGGUAUUGAAGUGACUUAGAAAAACAACAGAAAGAAAUUCUCCCAGAAUGUCAAGGUGGCACAAGCACUUCGUCGCCAGGAACUACACGCCGAUAUCUCUCGGUUGGCCAUAAUGGUACGCAUGAUCACCGAUUCCUCCGGUACCGACCUGCGUGAAAUGAGACCCGCGUCAUCCACAGUUCUCAUGAGAAUAGAGUCAUGCGCCGACUUGUCGACUAUCGACCAGGGCUCAAUUUCCGGGACACCAAGACGUCGAGGUUAUAUAGAGAGAGAGAAAGGAAGAUUCUUGGCAUGGCUUCGGAGCUGUCUGGAUGGAAGGAAGGAAUGAAGGUAGGAUCAAAGCGGCAUAAGCUCUAAUGUAGACAAGACUCUGAUGAGUUGCAAUCACCAGAACCACCAGGGAGGACCACGAAUUUUUUUCCUUUUGACGUUAACAGAUAGCAUGGGGUUGACAGAUGACUGAGCAUAGCGUUUUUGUGAAGAGCAAUGAGGAUGAGGAAGAAUUGAAACCGUGAUAGCAUCCCUCAAUGAUAUACCCUCGAGAAUCGGGAGCGCCGCACUUGACUGAUUGAACGGCAAUAAAACGAAGGGGAAAAAAGCAUGUUGUUUAUUCAGCCUAAGCGUUUCUUUUGUCCGUUGAAAUAGUAACACAACAAAUGUUUCAUCGUCUUAUCUACCUAGGUAGGUAGGUGUAUCACGGC